AUGGCGCCCAGCAUGACAACCAAGAAAAAACACUGCAAGGUCAACUUACAGGCUGAGAUAGGCACGUUCAAGUCUGAUGAUGGGGACUAUUUUGUGGAGCCGCUGCUGUCGCUUGAAGAGCAGGAGUACGAAGAGGAGCACAAUAAACCACACCUAGUCUAUCGACACAGGACACCUCCAACCAACUCUUCGGGGGACAGGCAGACGUGUGACACUCCAGAUCACGAGCACAGUCACAAGAAGAACAAGCGGAAACACUGGAGAAGACAGUGGGCAGAAAGCAGCUUAUUAUCUGAUGUGGAGAUGUUAAAACACAGCCUGGAAGUGAACUCCUUCUCUGCAGACAGCAACAAGACUGGGAACAUCAGUGAAAGGAAGAGCCACAGGAGGACCAAGCGGUUUCUCUCCUACCCUCGGUUUGUGGAAGUGAUGGUGGUGGCUGACAGCAGGAUGGUCGCCUACCAUGGAGCUAAUCUGCAGCACUAUGUCUUAACGUUAAUGUCAAUAGUGGCUUCUAUCUACAAAGACCCAAGCAUUGGAAAUUUAAUUAAUAUUGUUAUUGUGAAAUUGGUUGUGAUACAUAAUGAGCAGGAUGGUCCUGCAAUAUCUUACAAUGCUCAGACAACAUUAAAAAACUUCUGCCAGUGGCAGCAAUCCCAGAACCACCCUGAAGGAAGUCACCUUCGACAUGAUACAGCUGUGCUUGUUACCAGACAGGAUAUUUGUAGAGCGCACGACAAAUGUGAUACUCUGGGUCUGGCAGAGCUGGGCACAGUCUGUGACCCAUACAGGAGCUGUUCCAUUAGUGAAGAUAACGGACUAAGCACUGCUUUCACAAUAGCACAUGAACUUGGCCAUGUUUUUAACAUGCCACACGAUGACAAUCAUAAAUGCAAAGAAGAUGGAGGCAAAAAUCAACAGCAUGUCAUGGCACCAACACUGAACUUCUACACCAAUCCCUGGAUGUGGUCAAAAUGCAGUAGGAAAUACAUCACUGAAUUUCUGGACACUGGUUAUGGUGAGUGUUUGCUUGAUGAACCUUCAUCAAGAACUUACACGUUGCCUCAGCAGCUCCCGGGGCUGAUUUAUGAUGUCAACAAACAAUGUGAGUUAAUUUUUGGACCAGGAUCUCAAGUGUGCCCGUAUAUGAUGCAGUGUCGGCGGCUUUGGUGUAUCAACAUCGAUGGUGCCCACAAGGGAUGUCGUACCCAACACACACCUUGGGCUGAUGGGACAGAAUGUGAGCCUGGGAAGCACUGCCGGUUUGGGAUGUGUGUGCCCAAGGAGCGGGAGGCACCGGUGACAGAUGGAGCCUGGGGGACCUGGAGCCCUUUUGGGAGCUGCUCGAGGACCUGCGGCGGUGGCAUCAAGACGGCGCUACGGGAGUGCAACCGGCCUGAGCCUAAGAACGGGGGGAAAUACUGCGUGGGGCGUCGCAUGAAGUUUAAAUCCUGCAACACCGAGCCGUGCUCGAAGCUGAAGAAGGACUUCCGGGAUGAGCAGUGUGCCGACUUCGACGGGAAGCACUUCAACAUCAACGGGCUGCCCACCAACGUGCGCUGGGUUCCCAAGUACAGCGGCAUCCUGAUGAAGGACCGGUGCAAGCUGUUCUGCCGCGUGGCGGGAAACACGGCCUAUUACCAGCUGCGGGACCGCGUCAUCGACGGGACGCCCUGCGGCCCCGACACCAAUGACAUCUGCGUGCAGGGCCUUUGCCGGCAAGCUGGAUGUGAUCAUGUGCUGAAUUCAAAAGCAAGAAGAGAUAAAUGUGGUGUUUGUGGUGGGGAUAAUUCUUCAUGCAAAACUGUUGCGGGCACAUUUAACACGGUCCAUUAUGGCUAUAACAUUGUGGUCCGCAUCCCAGCUGGUGCUACGAAUAUUGAUGUGCGUCAGCACAGCUACUCAGGGAAACCAGAGGAUGACAACUACCUGGCCUUAUCUAACAGUCAUGGAGACUUUAUAUUAAAUGGAGACUUUGUCGUCAGUAUGUUUAAAAGGGAAAUCAAAGUUGGGAAUGCUGUGAUCGAAUACAGCGGAUCGGAUAAUACUGUUGAAAGGAUUAAUUCUACAGAUCGGAUUGAGCAAGAAAUAACGCUUCAGGUUUUAUCAGUGGGCAAUUUGUACAACCCCGAUGUGCGUUACACUUUUAAUAUCCCCAUUGAGGACAAACCGCAGCAGUUUUACUGGAACGCGUACGGCCCGUGGCAGCCCUGCAGCAAGCUCUGCCAAGGGGAGCGCAGAAGGAAACCCGUGUGUACGAGAGAGUCGGAUCAGCUCACGGUGUCAGACCAGCGAUGCGAUCGAAUUCCCCAGCCUGACCCCAUCACUGAGCCUUGUGGCACAGAAUGUGAAUUAAGGUGGCACAUUGCAAGGAAGAGUGAGUGCACAGCCCAGUGUGGGCUGGGCUACCGCACCCUGGAGAUCUUCUGCUCCAAGUACAGCAGGACGGAGGGGAAGACGGAGAAGGUCGACGACCGCUUCUGCAGCAGCCAGCCCAAGCCGAGCACCAGGGAGAAGUGCACUGGGGACUGCAACGUGGGCGGGUGGAGGUACUCGGCCUGGACUGAGUGCUCCAAGAGCUGCGGAGGGGGCACACGGCGGCGACGAGCCAUGUGUGUGAACACCUACAAUGAUGUCCUGGACGACAGCAAGUGCAGUCAGCAGGAGAAGCUGACAGUGCAACGAUGCAGUGACUUCUUGUGCCCCCAGUGGAAAACUGGCGACUGGUCUGAGUGCCUGGUCACCUGCGGGAAGGGGCACAAGCACCGCCAGACCUGGUGCCAGUUUGGAGAAGAUCGGUUAAACGACAGGUUCUGUGAUCCUGAAACGAAGCCGGAGUGGGGCCAGUGCACCAGUACCUGUGGCCAAGGCUACCAGAUGAGAGCGGUGAAGUGUGUCGUGGGCACCUAUGUGUCAGUGGUGGAUGAUAAUGAGUGUAAUGCUGCAACCAGACCUACAGAUACCCAGGACUGUGAAAUAGCAACGUGUCCUCCUCAUCCAAAUAGUCCUGAAGCCAAGAGAUCCAUACCAGGCAUUCACAGGACACAGUGGAGAUUUGGGUCCUGGACACCGUGCUCUGCCACAUGUGGGAAGGGUACCCGGAUGAGGUAUGUCAGCUGUCGGGAUGACCAGGGCUCGGUGGCCGACGAGUCAGCUUGUUUCCACCUCCCGAAGCCAUCAGCCACAGAAAUGUGCACCGUGACACCAUGUGGGCAGUGGAAAGCCUUGGAGUGGAGCUCUUGCUCGGUGACUUGUGGUCAAGGUAAGGCAACGCGACAAGUGAUCUGCAUCAAUUACAGUGACCAGCUGGUGGAUAGGAGUGAGUGUGACCCAGACGACCUCCCUGCCACCGAGCAAGAUUGCUCCAUGUCUCCUUGUCAUCCAAACAGCCCUGACUUCGGCAGGCCCAUCCACCCUUUCCUCUAUCCGGAUCAUCGCCUGAAACUUCACCCUGGAGGGAGCCCAAACCGAAACCGUGCCCACGUACCAGGAGGCAAUCAGUGGAGGAUUGGCCCCUGGGGUGCAUGCUCUAGCACGUGUGCGGGGGGGUUCCAGCGGCGGGUCGUGGUGUGCCAGGAUGAGAACGGAUACACCGCAAAUAACUGCGAUGAGAAAAGCAAACCCAUGGAGCAGAGAUCGUGUGAAUCUGGCCCCUGUCCCCAGUGGGCUUAUGGCAACUGGGGAGAGUGCACCAAGCCAUGUGGGGCAGGGACAAGGACACGGCUGGUCGUGUGCCAGCGCCCGAACGGAGAAAGGUUUACGGAUCUGAGCUGUGAAAUCCUGGACAAGCCACCAGACAGAGAGCAAUGCAAUGUGCAGGACUGUCCUAGAGAUGCUGCCUGGAGCACUGGUCCUUGGAGCUCGUGUUCUGUCUCCUGUGGAAGGGGCCAAAAGCACCGCAGUCUGUACUGUUUGUCAAAGGAAGGGAGGCAUGUAGAAGAAGAUUAUUGCAAGCACCUUGCUAAGCCCAAUGUGCAAAAGAAAUGCAGAGGGGGCAGAUGUCCGAAGUGGAAAGCAGGAGAUUGGGGACAGUGCUCGGUGUCCUGCGGCCGGGGCGUCCAGCGCCGCGCUGUGCAGUGUCUCGGCAGCACCCCCAGGGCAGCUGGGGAGUGCAUGAAGACGUGCGGGGAGGCGUCCCGGUACCGCAAGGUGGUCUGCGUGGAUGAGAACAAGCAGGUGCAGAGCAGCGGGUACUGCGAGGCCAGCAAACGGCCCCCCGAGGUGGAGAGCUGCGGGCUGCCCCCCUGCGAGUACAUCUGGAUCACGGGGGAGUGGUCAGAGUGCUCGGUCACCUGUGGGAAGGGCUAUCGGCAGCGCCUGGUGUCCUGCAGCGAGAUCUACACCGGGAAGGACCACUAUGAGUACGGGUACCAGAACACAGUCAACUGCCCUGGCACACAGCCACCCAACAUCCAGCCCUGCUACCUCGGCGAGUGCCCCGUCUUGGCCUCCUGGCGUGUUGGCAACUGGGGAAGCUGCUCCGUCACCUGCGGAGCUGGACUCAUGCACCGCUCAGUGCAGUGUCUGACAAACGAUGACCAGGUCAGCAGCUUGUGCCAUGCAGACAUGAAACCAGAAGAGAGGAGGACAUGUCACAACACCCAUGACUGUGAAUUACCAAGGAGUUGCAAGGAGGUGAAAAGUUUCAAAGGCAUCAUCGAAGAUGGCGAAUAUUUCCUUCAAGUCAAAGGGAAGACAUUAAAGGUGUAUUGCUCUGGGAUGCAGACUGACAGUCCAAAGGAGUAUGUGACCCUGGUAAAUGGGGAUGCAGAGAAUUUUUCAGAAGUGUAUGGAUACAGAUUGCAUAACCCAACUGAGUGUCCGUAUAACGGGAGCAGACGAGAAGACUGCCAGUGUAGGAAAGAUUACACAGCAGCUGGGUUUUCCACCUUCAGCAAAGUAAGGCUGGACCUGAACACUAUGCAAAUAAUAACGACUGAUUUACAGUUUGCACGGACACACGAUGGACGACCUGUUCCUUAUGCCACUGCUGGGGACUGCUACAGUGCAGCCAAGUGCCCACAGGGUCGUUUCAGCAUAGACCUUUAUGGGACAGGGCUGUCCUUGCUGGGGACAGCAAAGUGGCUCUCCCAAGGGAAUUAUGCAGUGUCGGAAAUUCAGAAGUCCCCAGAUGGUACCAAAGCAGUAGGAAAAUGUGGCGGUUACUGUGGGAAGUGCACUCCAUCAUCUGGAACAGGCCUCGAUGUUCAGGUGUUAUAG